AAGUCUCUUUUACAAUUGUUGCAAUACCGUGUGAAGUUAGCUUUAUGAUUUUUAAAUAUAGAAUGCGAGGAACAUGCCGGAUAUCUGAGAAAUUCUCUUUGGAAACAUUAUUAAUAACAUAGGAAUUGUAAAGAUUUCACGUAUUACUUUUAGUUACACUGACGCAUUUGACUUCAAGUCCAUGUACUCGUAAAUUCCAUAUAAUCGGCAAUGAGACACAGAAAAAUAAGAAAGAAUAGUAGACUCACUCUCGCGUGUCGGCCAUGAACAUGAACCUGAAGAUCGUAGCGUGGCGUACGUUAUAGAGUGAAGCAGGGUUUUAAACGAGAAAAAGCGUGCGUUCAGCGAGAAAUCAUACAACAGUUGUGCAACUGUUGAUCAUGGUAAAUGCACCCAUCAUUUGAUUGGUUAAUUUUAAACAUGAAACUUAGAAAUGGCCGCCAAAUGGCCGUUUCCUAUUUUCAACUUUGUAAUAAGUGAAUGAAAAGACACAUAAAAAAAUUUGUAUUUGUCAAUGUCAACUUGGCUCGUGGAAGUACGAAAUUUUAUGAUUAUUCGCGAACCAUCAAUUAAAUAGAAUGGACAAGUACGAGAACGUAAGGAUAUUCAUAUCAGCGGUGGUAGAAUAUACCAAACAUCCAAGCGAAACAACAGCUUCAGUUUUGCAACGAAAUCUUGGAGUAAUAAGUGCAUCGUUGGAUCUGAGCAUAUUUGAUCCUGGAUCCAGCAUAGCAGCAGAAUUCUAUGUUAGUCUGCAUGAGCUUAUGAAUUCUUUAGGUUCUAGAACCACUUUAAUAUGGAGUGCUGUGGACGUUUUACAAAAUGCAUGUCAUAACACAGCUGCAAGACAUGCACUUAUUCACACUUACAAAUUUGCACCGAUAUUGGCCAGAUUAUUGGAGGCAAAUUUGACGAGCGAAAAAAGAAUACGAGUAUUAAAGCUGCUUCAAGAACUGACAUACGGAAUAAGAAUCUCUUGGCAAGAAGCUCAUUUACCGUAUUUAAUAUUGAUUUUAACACAAUGGGUGACGCAAUCCAACGAGGACAGCAUUAUCGCGCUCUCCUUGGGAGUAUUAGUAAAUCUUUGUUACAAAAAUCUUCCUGCGGUGUACACGUUGAUGAGAACGAUUGAUACGAAAGCGUUCGUGAAAACAUUAUUAAAGCUACAGCACCGUAGUAUUAAUACCCGUGUACAGUGCUGUAAACUUUUAAUCAUAUUAGAACAAACGAAUCCAAAUAUUUCUGAGAAAUAUAUCUUAGAAUUUGCCGCUGCCACAUUCGAUAAUCUCAUCGCUGCAAUGAAACAAAAAGAUGUCUUAUUAUUGAGACACGUUAUAGACUUCUUUAAUGAUGUUGGACAAAACGAACAUUCUCGUUCCGUGUUGCUUACAUACACUUGUUAUGGGAGAGACGUAGAAAAUGUAUUAGCUACGUUAGGAGAUAAUGCGGAUCCAGAAUGUGUUACUCUGCUGAUGGAAUUCUUAGCAUCCCUGGUGAAAUUGAAACUAUCCGCUUUAGUACCUUUAUACCCUUUGUGUGUAAAAACUGCUAUGAUGUGGGUUCCCGUCGAGCAGGUGUGUUCUAAAGCAUUGACUCUGAUAAGAGUCACAGUAAUUGACUCACGACGAACGCAAUCAUGCUCCGAAGUGCUUGCUGAAUUAGACGCUUCAGUCUUGAUGCUCAUAAUAAAUAUUGAGAACGAUCAAGUACAAGGGAAGUGCGAAUUAAGUUUGGAGGCAGAAACGAAAUUAGCGGAAUUGAUGCAAUUGUUCCAAGAGAUGGUUAAAACCCCUGCUCUUAGAACGAAAGUGAUGCAUUCGUUGAACGAACAGAUGAUACGAAAAUUGUUGAAUCCAAUGCUGAAUUCGGACACGUGCGGAGGCGGCGAUUGGCCGGGAAAUUUUAAUCAAAAUCCUACUACGAACUUGUCCAUUCAUGCGCUAGCAUUAACUGCCGAUUUAGCAGCUCAUAAUUCUCAAUGGAUGGCAUUGUUCAUUGAAUUACUGCAGAAGAAACAAAUUCAGAUGUCGAUGGCGCAUGCAUUGUUCGCCGGUGACGCGGACGUUAAACAGAAGGUUUUGCAAUUGACGUCUACUGAAGGGUUUCUUCAGGAAUGUUUUUCCGAGGUCGCACUUUGUAUGAAGCAGCUAGAACCCUUAAUAUUAUUACAAAGCACUCCUGGGACAGUCACGAAUAUCGGAAGUAAUUUGUCCGCAGAAACGAAUAGUGAAAUGGCGCCGCUAUUUUCUUUUGGGCAAGAGGAACGACUCGAUGCCUUUUUAGCGAAAUUACAAAGAGCUUACGAGUCGAACCAAAUCGGUGACAUUACCACGUCGGCGGUAAUGGAAUUGUAUGAAUAUAAGUUAGCUGCUAUGAGACACGCGGAACGGGCUAUGCAAUCGAGUUUAGAGGCGGCGAAUAAUCAUGGUACCAGCUUACAACAUCGGCUGGCACAAGUCGUUGCGGAAUCGAGUCGUUUGCAUCAAAUGUUGUUCGAUACGCAACAACGCUUGGAAGGUGUUAAGUCGACUUCGACUGCAAAACUUGCUGAAGUGGAGGAACAAUGUAAAAAGGGAAUCGCUGUUAAGAAACAGGAAAUCGAAGGAUUGAAAAAGAUAGUAAAUGAAAAGUCGAACACCAUUGAGCAUCUGAAUAUGAUGGUCGCGCAACAGAAACAUGAAUUGGAAAAUAGCAGUAUUAAGAUCGAUAGCUUAAAUAAAAAGAUAAUUGAAUUGGAAGUUGAAUGCGCGGAUGCAGAAAUGAGAACAACGGAAAUGGUUAAUAAAAAUCAUGAAUUAAAUAAAUUGCUUAAAAAAUUGCAGGAUCAAUUGAACAAAAAUAAUCAGGUAAUAGAAUCAAAAACAGAGGAAAUCCAAUUGCACCAAAGACGUAUAUCGGAGCUUCAACAAAAAAAUGAGAAAUUAUCAGAAUCAGUGCGUACGUAUGAGAAGGAAAUUGCCGAGAUGGGUGGAACAAUUCAGCAAUUGAGAGAAGAAUUGGUAGAUUUAAGUCGUAUGCGAGACGCGAUAUUUCAACUCACUGCUAAGAAAAAAGAAGAAAAGAGCUAAUACUUGUAAAAAAAAACUCGUUUUCGACUUAUCAAAACUGUUUGAUAUUAAUUUUGAACAAAAGAUACUUUCAUAUUUAUAUAUUUUUCUAAUAUUUUUAAAAUAAGUAAUUGGAAAAUAAAAAUUAUGCGUACGUAGAUGUAUAUUAUAAAACUAGCAAUAUUUGAGAGAGUAAAAGCCAUAACUGUGUAAGUCAUCUCUUGGCCGAGGUCCGACUCGCAUUCCUUUUAUCAUUACAAAUAUUAAUAUGUUCAAAGAAAACGUGAGGUAAGU